AUGGGGGCAUCAGACAGUCCAUUGGAUACAUCUGCUGGUGGUGUAUCUAGAUCAUUAAGUUGUGGUGAGGAUGGUGGUGCAGCAGCAGCAGCAAUGGCAGCAGCAGCAGCAGCAGCAGCAGCAGAUGGAUUUGUACUUACAGGAGGUCCUGGUGGUGGUAGUGCUGCUUCUGACUCUGAGGGAUCAGAGGAUCCAUCAGUAGGAGUAGAGGACCAGCAGCAGCAGCAGCAGCAACAACAACAACAACAGCAGCAGCAGCAGCAGCAACCAGCAGCAGCAGCAGCAGCAGCAGCAGCAAAAAAUACAGCCCAACCCUUUAGGAGAGUUAUUAAUGCUGCAUGCACAGCAGCAGCACUAAAAUUAUUGCAUGGGGCUUUUCGCUUCUUAGAUGCUAAUCCUUGUGCAUGCGGAGAUGCUGCUGCAUGCAGAUUUGGUGGAGGAGAGCAGCAGCAGCAGCAGCAGCAGCAGGAUGGACAGCAGCAGCAGCAGCAGCAGCAGGGUAGCGAAUCGGAUCCUUUUUCUCUCUUUGGUCCUCUUAUUGCUGCUGCUGCUCCUACAGAUUGCUGCAGCAAACAUCUUCCUGCUGCUGCUGCAGCAAAUAGCAACAGCAGCAACACCUACAACAACAGCAGCAGCAGCAGCAACAGCAGCAGCAGCAGCAGCAGGGAAGCAACAGAAUGUGAUUGGGAUUCUCUUGCUGCUGUCUUUGAUAAAGAGAUCGAUGCUAUGUUAGAUGUUAUGGAGGAAGCGGGCAUAGUUGAUCAGCUGCAGCACUCUCUUGCUGCUUCGUUAACUUCUCCUGUCUUUGCUCUCCCUAGACUUGAGGAGGCUCGUCGUAAUGAGAGAGCAGCAGCAGCAGCAGCUGCUGCUGCUGCUGCACCAGCAGCAGCACCAGCAGCACCAGCAGCACCAGCAGCAACUGCAGCAGCAGAGGGGCAAAAUGCAUGCGGAGACAGCAGCUCAUAUCCCUCCCCUAAUAACACAACCCCACGUAAUGCGUUGCAGCAGGCAGCAGCAGCAGCAGCAGCAUCACCUACUGCAGCAGCAGCAGCAGCAGCAGGAGCAACAGCAGAAGCAGCAACAUCAUCACCAUCAGAAGGAACAGCAGCAGCAAGCUCAGGAGAGACACCAGCAGCAUCUACUGCAGAUCCUUCCCCAUCAGCCAGCCCAGCUCCUGCUGCUGCUGCUCCUGCUGCUGCUGCUGCUGCUGCAGCUACUCCCGCGGUGACUCCUGGAGGCGCAGCAGCACCAUAUGCAGCAGCAGGAAGUGCAGCAUCACCAUAUGCAGCAGCACCAUAUGCAGCAGCAGGUGCAGCAGCACCAUAUGCAGCAGGAGGAGGAGCAGCAGCACCAUAUGCAGCAGGAGGAGGAGCAGCAGGAGGAGGAGGAGGAGCAGCAGCACCAUACGGAGGGGUAAUCCCCUACGGAGUAGUAGCCCCAUACGGUGAAUUAGAUACAGCAGCAGCAGCAGCAGCAGCAGCAGCAGGAGCAGCAGCAGCAGCAGGAGAAGGAGAGGCACUACCUAGGGUAGAGUAUGGUGGUGUAUUUGCUGCUGUUGCUGCUGUUGAUUUACACUGCAGCGAAGUAUUAAAGAAAAUGCAUGCACGUCUAGCUGUGCUGCAGCGGGGCCGCAUGCAGCAGCAGCAGCAGCAGCACCAUAAUACAUCAAUAGGAGGAGGAGCAGGGGGACGCCACCACCACCAACAGCAGCAGCAGCAGCAGCAGCAGCACAGCGGCAUCAAGCCCUAUAAGCCUGUAUCUGCCUUCGCUAGGGGGCAGCAGCUGCCCCUUUUUCCUUAUAGGCCUACUAUGCGUCCUUCUGUGCUGCUGCAGCAGCAGCGGCAGCGCCGGUCGCUGCUGCAUGCGCAUGCAGCACAAAAAAAAGGAGAAUGGGGUGUACAGGAGCUGCUUCCUCAUGUGCAUGCAUCUUUCCCUGAUGCAGCAUG